UUAUAAUCACGAGUUCGACUUCCGUUAGCGCUUUCUCGACUACCAUAAAUGGCACGCACAUCAAACAUUUGCUUAUCUUUCUAGGGUUUCUUCUCUCUCUCCUCUCUCUCUCUCUCACACACACAUCUAUACUUACGAAGAAAUGCUUGUAUUCAUCACUCAGCUGUUUCGUUGUCUUCAUUCGUAAAUUCACAUUUUCUGCCUCCAUUAGGUCGAAUUGGAGGAUCAGCAAAUCAAUCACAUCUAUAUUUGUGGUUUUUGCUUAUGUUCUACAUCGUUGGUGCAUCAUGUCCAACAAUUUGGUUUCUCAGUACCCAAUCUCAGGUAGGCAGUUGGUUCAGAUGGAGCAUGGUUCUAGCUCUCUGGAGUUUCCAGUUCCAGAGAUGCCUAUGAAAAUGGUAGGCGAGGUGUCAUGCAAUCCUGAAUCACAUCAUUUUUAUGUACCAACAGAUCAAAGUGGUCUAUUAGAGUCACUCUCCGGUGACUCUGGGUUCAAUACCUCGAUGAUGUCGAAUAAUAUCUUGGGGCAUAAUGAAUCUUCAGGUGUUAGUAUGGGAUCAAACCAAGUCUGGAUGUCGAACCAGCUAGGUCCUGAGCAUGCAAGUUCGCCGAACAGUGUAGCUGGACAGAAGGCUUCAUUCCCUUUUAAACGGAAGGCUGAGGCGGAGCCUCUGUCAAACAAUGCUACUUCUCAGCAAAUGGCACAGCCUCACAAGCGGCCAGCACAUGUGGGAUCUGAUGCUAAUUCUCCCGGAUUCCUGCAGCCUUCUGCACAUCAAAAGAGAACUGCACAAUCGCAGCCUCGAUUGGGCUCUCCAGUUACACCUACUCAACCUAUCAAGAAAAUGAUGCGGAAUGACUCCAUGUCAGGUAAGUCUGGCUUACAACGGGGGCAAACUGGAAAACGGCAAACUACUAAAAUUGAAUCAGCAUCCAAGGUCCGGUCAGAGUCAUCAGAAGGCAUAAGGUCGAAAAUGAGGGAAUCUUUGGCUGCGGCAUUGGCUUUGGCAUGUCCGAACCAGGACAAUGCUUUGAUAACUGAGAAAAACCAGAGGGAUGCACAUAAUCCCAUCGACUCGCGGGAUUCUCAUGUCUCUGGUUCUAGUGAGGGAGGUCAGGUUCCUGUUUCUGGUUCCGCAGAAGUUUUCCCUUCAAAUGAAUUGACCACGCUUACCAAAGCCAGUGGUUCUCAGGUGUUUACUGCUGAGCUGCCUCAUGGUGGAAGCAGGGGGAAUGGAGCGCAGGCUUUCCAGGGGUUCCAGUAUAGUUUGCCUGAUGAGGAUGUUCCAUUUGGAGAUAACUUCUUUGUUAAAGAUGAUCUUUUGCAGGGCAAUGGGCUUUCUUGGGCAUUUGAUUUUGAUAUGCAUAUGGGAGAGGGUAAGGAAAGUCAGCAUGCUGAAAAGUCUUUGAAAGAGGAAGCUCUGGGGCACAAACAAGAGGUUGCAACGUUGACACCAGAAGAUUUGGCUUUCAAAGUUGAAGCUGAGCUUUUUAAAUUAUUUGGUGAUGUGAACAAAAAAUAUAGAGAGAAAGGCAGGUCUCUUUUGUUCAACCUCAAAGAUCGUAACAAUCCAGAAUUGAGAGAAAGAGUCAUGUCUGGCAAAAUAUCUCCAGAAAGGCUAUGCUCAAUGACAGCCGAAGAGCUUGCUUCCAAGGAGUUAACAGAGUGGCGUAUGGCAAAAGCAGAAGAGUUGGCACAAAUGAAAGUUUUGCCUGAUACUGAGGUUGAUAUAAGACGUUUGGUCAGGAAAACACACAAGGGUGAGUUUCAGGUAGAAGUGGAGCAUGAUGAUGCCAUUGUUGCAGAGGUAUCUGCUGGGACUUCUUUGUUGACACGACCUCAGCGGAAAAAGGCUGUCGAAUCUCAUUCUCCUUCUGGGGCUAGUAUUAAAGAUAAAGAAAAGGUGGUAGGCCAAGGGAGCAGUUCAGAUGGCCAGGAUUUCCCGGGCAGCCUGAUUAUUCAGACAGAUGGAACUGAUCCAAUGCAAGGAAUGAUGGUGGAUGAACUGAAGGAUUCUGACUUGCCUCCAAUCGUUUCGUUGGAUGAGUUUAUGGAGUCCCUUAAUAAUGAACCUCCAUUUGAGGAUCUGUCUGGAGAUGCAGGGAAGAAGUCUCCUAUAUCAUCUGGAGAAAGCCCAAAACGUGCUAUCAACUUGAGGGCUUCCAAUCGAGCUUCAGACAUACGUAAAGAUGUUACCUCCAAAAAGGCUUCUUCUGUCAAGAAACCUGACACGAUGAAGGAUUUGAGUGGUAGUCCCGCAAAACAAGCAGUUCGUCCUAGUGAUGUACCGAAUGCUGAUUUUGUCUGGAAUGGUAUUCUUCAGCUCAACAUAUCAUCCACAGUCACAGUUGGUGGACUAUUUUACAGUGGUGAGAAGACAUCAACGAAGGAGUGGCCUACCUCUCUCGAGAUCAAGGGCAGAGUUAGACUCGAUGCAUUCGAAAAAUUUCUCCAAGAACUCCCCAUGUCGCGAACACGUGCAGUCAUGGUUCUUCACUUCAUUUUGAGGGAUAAAUCAUCGGAGGAGCAGCGUUCUAAUCUUACUGAGGCUAUUAACUCAUAUGUUGGCGACGAGAGAUUGGGGUAUGCGGAGCCAGUCGCCGGCGUCGAGCUUUACCUCUGCCCGCCGGCUUCUAGAAUGUUCGAGAUGUUGAACAAGCAUAUACUCCGGGAGCGGCCGGGGACCGAAGAAUCCUUCGAAAACGGACUAAUUGGUGUAGUUGUAUGGAGAAGAGCUCAUAUAAGCAACACAAUAUCACCUAAUUCAUCGUCGCACCAAAAACACAGCUUGAAAAAGCAACCCUUUGGUGCCCCGCCUAAGAGGGUUCAAGACUCCCCAAAUGUUAACCCCAAUACCCUAACUAGGCAACCCCAGCCGCCGGCGGACGAGGACGACGACGACGUCCCACCCGGGUUCGGCCCCGGCGCGGCGGCGGCGGUAGCGAAGGACGACGACGAUUUACCCGAAUUCAACUUCUCGGGGGACUUGAACCCGUCCUCGGCGUCUCGUGUUACGUCUCGUAAUUCACUCCACGCGUUGAAAAAGACGACUGCGCGGCCGGUGGAAGAUGUGAGAGAGCUUAUCAAGAAAUAUGGGCAGGAUGGGCCUAGUGUGGCCAGUAAGAGUGUGGGUGUAGAUAAUAGGAGUUUGGGAAUUGGAAUUGAACCUUGGAACGAUGACGACGACGACGAUAUACCGGAGUGGCGGCCGCAGGCACCACAACCGCCGCCGCACCACCAGCCUUACGCGGUGGCUCACGGCCAUCAGCUGCCGUUGCAUGUGCAUCCUAGUGAUAGUCGUACGUCUCCUGCGAUGAGCCAGCUGCCGCGGCCGGGUGGGCUGGGACACCUCGCACCGCCGGGUGGUGCUUGGGCAGCACCGCCGCCGCAGCCGGGUUACCGGCAUGGUUCGAGAUGGAGGCAAUACUAGUUAGCUUUUCACCAUUGUAAAUAAAUUUUGAUGUUUAUUUUUUCUUCCCUUAACCUUAGUUCUGUUUCUUGUUUUA